AUGGAACACUCGUCUCCCUUGGCUGCGAUGCAGCCUCCCUCUAUGCUCUUUGGCCAUUGCUUCCGUGCAGAUGGGCCUACGUCGUAUCCGUCUUUGUCUGGGUUUGGGCAUAAUAGCUUCAACUUCAAAGAUCUGUCAAUGAAGAAGUCCGGUCCGGAUUACUUCAACGUCAAGCCCAUUCCCUCACCAACAGCCAGCCUGGCCGCGGAUCUGUCUCAGAACUUUCACAUUGAUCAAAGCCCUCAAUUGGCGACGCCACGGCGGUCUUUGUUCACCAGCAACAUUCUGGGUCAAGCUAAUGCUCAUGAUGAUCUGAUGACCACGCCACCGCUUCCCUCAUCCCCGGCGAUGGACGUUAUGGAGAUGUCCCCUCUACCCCACAAGCCCGCCUUCGUCGUCACUACUGAGAUUGAGGUUCACUCACCCUCUCCCGUCUGUAGUCCAAUGGACUCGCCCAUCAUGUCGGCCGCCCCUAGCCCUCUGCAGGCCUCUCCCAUGGAGGCUCUGACUCGGGCACCUUUUGAACGACGUCGUCCUCACUUCCUACGCCCCAGUUUGGCCAAGAGCAAGGCUCAGUCCUUCCAGCUCGGCAUGAAUCGCCCCCACAACGAGAGCAAAGCUCCUCCCUUCCGGUUCAGCACCGCUGGAGCCAAGACCUCGCUGAGCACUUCCACCUCCCUGGAGGAGAUGUUCGGAGACUCUCCCCCUCAGGAGAGAACCCUCUCUCGUAAUAACUCGUCGAGCACUCUGGCUCUGCCGCGUCUGCGGCCACCCUUCCAACACGCUCGUAGCAGCGGCUCGCCCGCACCAAACUCCAUUCGCAAGCCCUCCCAUCCCUUGAUGCGUCCUCGCAAGCAAUGCCGACGAUCAUUGAGUAUGUUUGAGCACCCGGCGGAUGUGAUUGCCGACAAAGAGGCCAAGGUACCCACAAAUGCACCCCUCCAGUCCAUUAGCGACAUGGACAGUCCACCAACCCCACAGCUUCCUCACUUCGUCCCUGAGGAUCGGGCGGACAAUCUGCCUCGCAUCGGCAAGCACACUCUGCUUGAACUUCUUGACGGAAAGUUCAAUGACCGCUUCGACAACGUCAUGAUCGUUGACUGCCGCUUCGAGUACGAGUACGAGGGUGGCCACAUCAACGGCGCCCUCAACUACAACGACAAGGAGCGACUUGCGGGUGAACUGUUCGCCUCUCCCAAGGCCCGGACAGCUCUAAUCCUGCACUGUGAAUAUUCCGCGCACCGCGCACCCAUUAUGGCCAAGUACAUUCGCCACCACGACAGAGCUGUGAAUAUCGACUCCUACCCUAAUCUGACGUACCCCGAUCUGUACAUCCUCGAUGGAGGCUACAGUUCCUUCUUCGCAGAGCAUCGUGCUCUCUGCUAUCCCCAGAACUACGUUGAAAUGAACGCCGAUGGUCAUGAAUUUGCCUGCGAGCGCGGGCUCGGCAAGGUUAAGCAGCGUUCCAAGUUGAACCGCGCUCAGACUUUUGCCUUUGGCCAGCACUCCUCCCCCCAGAUGGAAGAUAGCCCGACUGGUCGGCCCCGUAUGGGCGCCGAUCGCACCGCCCAUCUUCUUGCUUCUCCAUUGGGGUCUCCCUUUGCCGAGAGCCCGGUUCCCAACAGGACGCCCGGGCGUCGCAUGCUUUCUUAUUGA